CCCUAUGGCCCCUCGUUUAAACAACGUCCUCCAGCCAGAGCAACCCAGAGAGCCUCUGAUCGCAGCACAGCCUUGGACUUAUUUCAAGGGAAAUUAACCCGGAAACCCCUCCUCGAGGCCGUGAUCCUGAGCGUAUGCCCCUGGAAAAGCUAGGGAUGAGCACCUCCCUGAACUACAAGUCCUUCUCCAAAGAGCAGCAAACCAUGGAUAACCUGGAGAAACAGCUGAUUUGCCCCAUCUGCUUGGAGAUGUUCACCAAGCCUGUGGUCAUCCUGCCCUGCCAGCACAACCUCUGUCGGAAAUGCGCCAGCGACAUUUUCCAGGCCUCCAACCCCUACCUGCCGACGAGGGGAGGCACAACCAUGGCGUCGGGAGGCCGCUUUCGCUGUCCCUCCUGCAGGCACGAAGUGGUCCUUGACCGGCAUGGUGUCUACGGGCUGCAGAGGAACCUGCUGGUGGAGAACAUCAUCGACAUCUACAAGCAGGAGUCCACAAGACCUGAAAGGAAGUGUGACCAGCCAAUGUGCGAAGAGCACGAAGAUGAGAGAAUUAAUAUCUACUGUUUGAACUGUGAAAUGCCCACCUGCUCCUUGUGCAAAGUUUUUGGUGCCCACAAAGACUGUCAAGUUGCUCCUCUCACAAAUGUUUACCAGCGACAGAAGUCUGAGCUGAGUGAUGGCAUUGCAGUCCUGGUGGGGAGCAACGACAGAGUGCAAGGGAUAGUCACGCAGCUGGAGGAGACCUGCAAGACGGUUGAGGAAUGCUGCAGACGACAGAAAGAGCAGCUGUGUGAAAAAUUUGAUUAUCUCUAUUCUGUACUGGAAGAAAGAAAAAAUGAGAUGACACAAAUAAUCACUAGAACCCAAGAGGAGAAACUGGAACACGUCCGCUCCCUGAUGAAGAAGUAUGCGGAUCAUUUGGAAGCUGUGUCAAAGCUUGUUGAAUCAGGAAUCCAGUUCAUGGAAGAACCAGAAAUGGCUGUGUUUUUGCAGAAUGCCAAAACAUUGCUACAAAAAAUUACUGAAGCAUCUAAAGGUUUUCAAAUGGAAAAAAUAGAGGAUGGGUAUGAAAAUAUGAACCAAUUCACAGUGAACCUCAGUAGAGAAGAAAAGAUAAUACGAGAAAUUGAUUUUGACAGAGAGGAGGAGGGAGAAGAGGAAGAGGAGGAGACAGUGGGUGGUGAAGAUUUGGAUGAAGUCCACACAGAGUCAUCAGGAGAGGAGGAAGAGGAAGAGGUGGAGGAGGAAGGGGCUGAGAGAGCAUCACAGCCAUCUCAGCAGGACCCUGAACCACAGAGCGCAGCAGGAGAACCCCCAGCUGAACCCGCUCCAGUGCCACUGCCCGCUGCCCCGGCUGGUCAGGAUGAUGUUGUGACACCAAGUGGUUCUCAACAGACCCCAGAGUCUGACACUCAAGUGCCGGCCACAGCAGAAACCAUCGAUCCCUUGUUUUACCCUAGCUGGUAUAAGGCUCAGUCUCGGCAAUCAAGCAGUCCGAGCUCAACCCCGGUGAGUGGGUUGGGGAAAGUAGGGCCUCCUGUUUCUCUGGAAACAAGUGCAAAGAAGGCAGAAGCCCCGGCAGCGGCAGCGAUCGAGGAGAGUGCACCGGGGAGUGGUAAGGAAAGUAAUACCACUGCAGCGACGUCCAAGCCCUGCAAACAGCUGCAGCAAUGCAAAUGGACAGUGAACUGUGGAGGCAAAACGGGAAGAGGUGGAUGGCGAGCCAAGGGGCAGGACCUGCUUUGGUUAGCAUUGUUGCUCCAGAAAAUAUUGACUGGUUCUGAACCAUCCCCUCAAGGACGAGUGGAGGAAACUCCCGUGAGCAAUGAGAGGGGUGACGAGCCGGCUCGUCAUAUCUUCUCCUUCUCCUGGUUGAACUCACUGAAUGAAUGAUGACUCACUCCAGCUGGCUUCUGGUGUGCUUCUCCUCGGAGGGACCGCGAGUGCAGGCAGCCUGGCUGCAGUCAACAAAGAAACUGGCCUGGAAAGGGACAUCCGAGCAGGUUUCGUUCCCAGGAACUCAGUUGACCUCCACAUCGUACCCAGCCCUUGAAAUGACAGUCCUGAGAGGGAUGGGAGCAUGGGGACAAAUUACUAUACUGUAUUGUAGUCAGAGUGUUUUCCAGUAAUUUCUUGUUUCCAAGGGGAAAAUAGCAUCACUACAGCUGUAGGCUGA